AUGGUGGUCAUUGCGUUGGCAGCAGUCGUGAUCGUCGCGGGCGUGGUGAUGGCCUUGUUCAUCGGUUUCGGCGGAACGCGUCUAGCUGCAAAUGGCGGCUGCAGAAGCGAGGAUUGCACACAGUACGCGCUGCGUCUCCGAGAGUCGAUCAACGAGUCCGUGGAUCCGUGCGCCGACUUCACGGGCUACGUGUGCGACGGUUGGCGCCGAAAUCACGAGUUCUCGGUGGCCGAGGAAGCCUUCAUGUCGACGUUCGACAGCAUGUCGAGCUUCGUGCGGGCACUGGUGGUGCCACCGCACGGCCAGUCUGCCGUCGAACGCUCGGCGGCCUUUUACCGCAGCUGCGCGAGUGUGCUUCGGGGAGAUCGCGACGAGAUGCCGCGAGUCAGGAGGGCCCUCGCCGAGGCCGGCAUCACGUGGCCCGUCGUGUCCGGCACCGCAGCUGACCUGUUGCGCACGUUCCUCUACGUCCACGUGCAUCUCCGGUGGAACGUCCUGUUCAGCAUCGACGUCAUUGAGAAGGGCGACUCCAUCACGCUGGUCAUGCGGCCCUCCGUAGACAGUGGGCCCGUGAAGAAAUAUUUGGAGAUCAGGCAGAAACCGGAGACGGCCAAAGGAUAUUUCUACAACCUGGUCUCGGAAUUCGCGGUGAACGAUAAGGAAUCCGGUCGCAUCGUUACCUUCAAAGAGACUCAAGACACCGAGGCUUCCGCUAUGAUUUUCCUUUUCAUCGGUCUGGUAAACGGCUCUGUAGUACCGCAGCGGAUAGACGGGGCCCUUCUUAACAUGGUGCCGAGUCUCACGCAAGCCCGCUGGAACGCCACGUUGCGUUCUCUCGGCAUCGCUGAAAAAAAACUUUCAUUUCUAACCACCCAUCCGUUUUACGUGACGCAAUUCCUCACAUUAUGGAACUACCUCGGAGAGUCGAAGCUCCACCAGUUCGUCUCCUGGUUGACCAUCCAGGUGGCGGCGCUGUACACCAACCGUCGACUCAUCAACAACUAUUACGGAAGCGAUAAGACGGCUGCCCUUUGGCACGGCGCGUUUUGCUUCAGCAAGGCCUACCUGCUCUCGGGAACAGCUGCAUUCAACGCGUCCGUGAACCACGUGCUGGACAGCGACAUCAGAGCGGAGGCCUUAAAGCUCCUCUGGGGCGUCCGCAGCUCCUUCUUGGCUCGUUUGCAGCAGUGGCCUUACAGGGACGACGUCAGUGUCGACAAGAUGCUCGCCGUCACCGAGCGCGACUUCGCCGUCAGCGCGUUCGCCGUCUUCGACGAACGUAUCAAUAGUAGCGGAUCGUCGGCUACCAGUCCCGCAGACAUGACGGACUCGCUGGUGGACAACUGGAUCGCGGCCGCCGUUCCGUACAGGGAGGACGUGACGCAUUUCGCCGCGGCGUCCAUCGCGAAGCUGUCGUUCACGACGCUCUCCACGGACGGAAACUUGGCGCUCAUGCCGUACGCGUUCUCGUUCCCUUUUUUCGGCGUACGUGGUAUCCCGGCGAUGAACUACGCGGGCGUCGGUUCGCACUUUGCCUACGCGUUGAGCGAGCGGGCCCUGGCACCGCAAGUCAUCUCCGCGGACAGCCCACUCUACCGAUUCCUCAACUGCACUGGCGUCUCCCUCGAAACUUUAGGGAGAAAUCCGGUGAAGUGGCUGUCCACGUUCUCCGCCGCCGCCACGCGGCCGUUGUUCGAGGCCUUCGGCAACGCGUCCACGAGCGACAGCCUGCCAGGGCUGCCCACUCUGACUGGGUCUCGGCUCUUCUUCGUAUCUUUCUGUUACGCCAAGUGCCACGGAAGCUGGACCGGGGGCCUCUCGCAGCCGGAAUGCAGUGACUUCCUGCCGCACGUGAAGGCUUUCGCGAAUGCCUUUAACUGCCCGCUCGGCUCGCCGAUGAAUCCUGUCGCGGAGUGUGAGCUCUUUUGA